CCGACCGUUAGGCCUCAACUCUCUCUCUCUCUCUCAGCAGCGCUCUCUCUUCUGCAACUUCGCUGUGACACCCAAAUUCCUGCUAAUUUUUUCACGAUUUUUACUGUUUCCGAUUCAACUUUUGCACUCAUACAACUGCUAAUUUUCUCCACCGUUGCGAUGGGGAAGCGCAUAUCCCCCAAGAAAGCUUCCGGCCGCGAAAAAAAAUGGGACAAGAUUUUCAACGCUCUGGUCAAAUUGACCCAAAAUCUGCAGGGCGAGAGGCAGAGUCUCGCAGAAAGAGUUCAAUUUUUGCGCGAAUAUAUUUAUAAGAUGAAAAUGGAGCAGAAGGUUAAUUCUUCGAAGGCGGAAUUCGCUCUCGGUUUGAAGGAACGGGAAUCUGUCAUUUUUAAGCAUAGAUAUGAGAAUGCUGAGAAUGAUGUGGCUGACUUAAAAGAAUGGCUUGACUAUCUUGUGCGGAAGUGUUCAGGGCCUACUGACGCAUCAAUUGAUAUUAGAUGUGAAAGCUCGCGAAACAAGGCACUUCACGAAGAGGUGAGGAAGCUGAAAAAUGAACUUGAGAGAUCUAAAGUGGAUAGAAGCUCCGAGAUUUCGGCUCUCUUGGCAGAGAAGAAUUUCAUAUGGAACCAGUACAAACAAAUGGAGACCAGCCUCACUGAAAAAAUAAGAAAGGAGCGCGAUGAAGCUAAAAAUGCAAAUGAAAAGGUUCAGAUGCUUGUGAGCAGGGCAGAUGAGUUACAAAUUUCAAAUGAAAGGUUAAAGGCUAAUAUCGCUACGGUGGAAUCUGAAUCAAAUAAAAAGAAUGAGGAGAUUGCCAAACUUAUGAAGGAAAUUGAAACCUUAAAAGCCAGAUCAGGGUCCGCUUCAACGUCACUGCGUCCCUGUAGGGCUGGUUCUGCAUCAUCUUCCGGGAGAGGCAAGAAAAGUAGCACCACUCGUGCAAGCACUAUAAAAGUGAAGAAAGAAUCAGAUUCUUCACAAACCACCGAGAAGGGCAGCAGAAAAUUGAAGAGAAAAGCCAUUGAUGUCAUCGAAAUCCCCGAUACUCCAAAGCUGUUCACUUCUUCCUUUAAAGUCCCCAAAUUAAAGAAGUAAAUCUCCAAGUAGAGGCUGACCCCCAUGGCAGCACCUUCAUUACUAGGCUGGGUGUUGCUGUGUUUUUGUAUACUUUUGCAUGUCUAUUCUUGCCAAAAAAAAAUUAUUUUAUGGUAAUUAUUUAUUUUUCAUUAGGGUGGCAGUAUAUUCCACUUGCUUCUUGUGCUAGGGGUGAUCAAAUUCAUUUGUAAUUUUCUUGUGUAAAGUUCAGUUCUUGCACUGUUGUAAUAUAUAGGUAUUAAUAUACACUGAGUUUUGAAUUACUCUUUCUAAUGUGUUAUUCUAAUUUGAAAUAUUCAUGUUUA